GCUCAGGGGAGGUCAGCCACCUUCAGGGACGGUCAGCAAUCCAGAAGCCACUGCACCAUGAGUGUCUCUGUGCUGAGCACCACCAGAGCCCUGGGCAGUGUCUCGGGGCUCCUGCAGGUAGCCUCCCUGCUCGGCCUGGUUCUGCUUCUGCUCAAGGCAGCACAGCUCUACCUGCGCAGACAGUGGCUGCUCAAAGCCCUCCAGCAGUUCCCGUCUCCUCCUUCCCACUGGCUCUAUGGGCACAUGCAGGAGUUCCAAGAGGAGACUGAGCUGCAACCCCUACUGAAGUGGGUAGAGAAAUACCCAAGUGCCUGUGCUCGCUGGCUGUGGGGGACGAAAGCCCUGGUGUUGAUCUAUGACCCUGACUACAUGAAGGUGGUCCUGGGGAGAUCAGACCCAAAGUCUCACGAUUCCUACAGAAUGCUGAUCCCCUGGAUUGGGAAUGGUUUGCUCGUGUUGGAGGGGCAGACGUGGUUCCAGCACCGGCGGAUGCUGACCCCAGCCUUCCACUAUGACAUCCUGAAGCCCUACGUGGGUGUCAUGGCCGACUCUGUCCGAGUGAUGCUGGACAAGUGGGAGGAGCUCGUCAGCCUGGACUCGCAUCUGGAGGUCCUUGGACACGUCUCCUUGAUGACCCUGGACACCAUCAUGAAGUGCGCCUUCAGCCACCAGGGCAGCAUCCAGACAGACAGGUCAGUGACAACCCUUUCAUGUGCGUUGUCACCUCCAGCCCACCUGUCUUGCAAGAGCACCAUUUCAUUCAGAGUGAUGGAGGGUAGCUCUCAUGGUGGCUCCUGGGCCUUUUGUGCACAUUGCCCCUAUUACCAUGGGUACCAUCAGUCUUCUCUCUCUCCUCCCUGCCCCACAGGAGUCCCGCUCUCCCUCUUCUUUUAUGGGCUUCACCACAACCCGAAGGUGUGGCCGAACCCAGAGGUGUUUGACCCAUCCCGGUUUGCACCGGGUUCUUCUCAACACAGCCACGCUUUCCUGCCCUUCUCAGGAGGAUCCAGGUGAGGCCUUCUGUACCUGGGGCAGCUGGAUGUCACUGGUGCUACCUGAUGUGUGUGACUGUCUACAUUCAUAUGUGGUGUGUGCAGUUAUGUCCCUGUAUGUUGACGUUUUGAGAAGGAGGCGUGUGUCCCCAUGUACAAGAAGGCCUUCAGGGCACACCACGGAGUCCUUGACCUCCUGACUUCCACAACGAUCAGCCACAUUGCCAUGGCCGUGGCCGCUCCAAAGUAUUCCAGGGUUUUCCUCACUUUAGGAGUAUGACUUUUCAGCUUUAGAAUUUUUCAUGAAAGGUAAACUUCAGAUGUUUGCUUUCCACAAUUAUCAGUCAUCUUUAAAGAUGGUUUUCUUUCUUUACACAUUCCUUGUCCAGCCCACUGCCUUUUCUACUUAAUUCAACAAUCCACCUCUGACUGUAUCAUCAGUUGUGUUUGCAUGGAUUUAGAUUUCCAGCUGCUUUUCUUCUCCUGAGGCUUCAAACCAUGUAUGUGAUCACUUACAGUUGCAGGUUGAAGAAAGUUACAUAGCCACAUGUGUCUUUUCUAUUUCUAUAGUCAAACCUAACAGUUGUGCCUGCAUAUUCAUAUAAACAUGACACCAUUUCUGGUUGCCAAAAUUCUAUAUAUGUAGUGGGGAUUAUAUACCAUAGUCCCAGAAUCUACAGAGUCUAAUUUUGGCAAAAAAGGAUGAAAUUGAAGGCAAUCAAGUGCUUUUGAGAGAAAACUCACUAUUUUGUGUUGGACAUGUGCAUUUGAGAAGUUCCUGCCGUGUAAAAUAUAAAGCACACAUGAAAUAGCUGUUAAGCUGGAUGAUACCCUCCACAAUGACUCCUGUGAAAAUCUUCAACGGCUACAGAUCCCCCCCGAAAUAGUAACUUCCAUAACUUUGGAACUACUUAGUAAUCCAAGUUUUUUCUGAGCCUAUAAUUCUGUGAAAUUUUCAGUUGGUGAAUCAACCUUCACAGAACAGGCUUGACGCAACACGUUCCUGGAAUUUGCUCUAGUAUUUGGUCUGUGCCAGGGUCCUGUUCUUCCUUGUAGACAUUGGCUGCAGGUCAUGCGGCUGCCACCAGAGGACAGGGGGUACCUGGCAACUCAAUUCCGAGGUCAGAAUUAAUGUUUAAUUUUAAUCCAUUCCUUUUUUUUAUCAAUUCAAUUAACUUUGUUCAAAUAGAAAGCUAUUUAUUAAGCCUGCUUCUGUGUGCCAAACCAUAUAUUACAAGAUGGGAACACAGAGACGAAAGGAACUUUCCUUGCUCCGAGAGUUCACAGUCAAGAAA